AUGGAGAAAAAAUACCCUGUUAUUGCUGGGAGGGAAAAAGGUAAGGUUAUUUAGAGGAACUACUAUUUCAUGUGCAUAAAAUCUUUCACAUCAAUGCCAAAGCUUUGUUCAAGCCGACCGCCUUUGGUUGUUUACGUCAUUACAAUCGGGAAAUGUUGACUUGAGCAGAGUAGAGGACUUCAAAGUGUGCAGACCUGCCAGGACUCGCUUUCUCCUGUGAAAUAUGCUCCCUCUUACUCUGCUUGUUCACAUGUACCUGAACACAUGUAUGCUGAUGUAAUACUCUGCCUUUAGUCGUAUGUUGUGUGUUCCAGUCUGUGAACAUGGUAGAUAACAGUCAGAGCAGGCACGCAAAAAUUGAACAGACAUUGAGUACUUGCACCCACCAACUAGUGUUGAAAACUUCUGCCCCUUAGAGUUUCUCUUACCUGUCAUUUGUGGCAAAUAAUAAUUGGAUUUAAUCGCUUUUAAUGUGAAAAUGUUCCCUUUGCAUCUGUGAUGUCUCCCUCUUUAGGGCCAGGACCUGGUCACUAUGGCCUUCCCCCCACCAUUGGAUAUGUUGAUCAUGACUUCACCAAGCUCACCAGCCCUGCCUAUUCCUUUCAUGGCAGAAUGACUGACAAUAGUGAGACCCUCGUCUUUCUCUCACCCACUUUAUUGCUUAGCUGCAAAUGUGCUUAAAUAUUUGGAUGGCCAUGGUCAGAAUCUUCAGGCUGAUGAGAUUACAGACAUAUAACCAUAAUAGUUGGAAAUACAUUUUUAAUAGUGUUGUACAAAUAGUGUUUUCAUCACAUCACUAUCAUUCCAUCACCAAUAAUUCAGAAUUUUAAACCAGAGGUACUCAUUUAAAGUGAUGUACUGUGGAUGUACCUCCACUAGGGGGCAACAGUACUCUGUAAUUGUUGAUUUUUCUUUGCAGGAUUUGCCAUCUGUCAGAGGAAUAAAAUACAUUCAACUGAUCAUAAAUGUGUACUGUCCUUGCAGUGUACCGUAUUGAAUCCAGCCCAGGGCCCCGGUAUCAUGUUGAUGCAAAAAUCACUUGCUUCGGAAUGGAUGGUACUCCUGCAUACUCCAUGUUAGGCAGAGUGAAAUGUCAGAGUAAGUUCUUAUUCUUUACAGGAAAAUGACUAUUAAAAACACUCACUUUAUUUCUGUUUAUUUGUGUUGUCAUUAGGGUUAUAAUAUAAUCCUAAACCACACUCAGAGCUCCAUGAUGGUUUUAUCUCUGCCUCUGUUACUACUUUUGAUCAACGUCAGCUGUUAUAACUGAAAGUCUGGCACCCAUUCAGUACAUGCUCUGAACCAUAUGGUCUUGAGAGUUCAUGUCGUUGUACUGUUUGUUUUCUGAUCCCUAGAGGAGCUACUCCACACUCCUGGUCCAGGUGCAUACAGCCCAGAGAAGGCCCCACCAUGCAACCUCCAACGCAGACCCCCAUCCUACACAAUGAGCUCCCGUACACACUACAGGAGCAUCGACCCGGUACCUGCUCCUAACAAGUACUCUCUCCCUCCACUCAUGGGCCCUCAGGUCCCAAACAAGCCCGCUAGCGCAUGCUACACAAUGUCGGGUCGCUACAGCACUGGAGGACCAUCUGAGGACUUGGCCAAGACGCCAGGGCCUUGCAGAUACAACGGCACUGACCCAAGUGUUUAUCUACACAGACAGCCGGCAUUUUCCAUGCUGGGGCGUCACAACCUACCCAGAGAUGCUACCAAUAAACCUGGUCCUGGAACUUACAGUCCAGAAAAAGUGACUGUUCACAAAGCCAAGGCACCGGCCUACUCCCUUGGAAUCAGACACUCUGAAUUUGUUACCCCCUUGGUCGUCAAUGUCUCUGACUGA